AUGCAAACUUUACUUAUUUCGAAAAUAAAUAUAUCUCAUAUUGUUGCCUACACUGAUAGCUCAACUGUAUUAGCUUGGAUCAAUACCGAGUCUUACAAACUGAAACGUUUUGUUGCGCAUCGAGUAGUUAAAAUAACUGAUGCAUUUGAACCUUGUACCUGGAGGCAUGUCCCGACUCAGGACAAUCCUGCUGACUUUCCUAGCCGAGGUCUCUCGUGUGCAGAAUUGGUCAAUUGUACGCGAUGGUGGUCAGGACCAGAUUGGAUGCUUAGUGGUCCAGAUCACUGGCCAGCUCAAAGUCAGUGUGAGCUCCAGGAUGAUUUGCCAGAGUUGAGAACACGCACUCUGAUUGCUCAAUCUCGGGAAUCUGAUAAAGACAUUAUGAAGGUGUUAUUAAAUCGGUAUUCAUCCUUAUCGCGACUACAACGAGUAUUGGCAUGGGUCUUUCGCUUCAUUCCUAAUUCGCGCAAUGAACAAAGCCAACGCGAGAAAGGCGCUAAACGAUAUCUUGAGGAAAUGGUUAAAUUAUUGAUAGAUAAAAAACAGGAUAUUUCUGAUCAAUUAACGUCUCGUGGAAUCUCUUGGAAACUAAAUCCACCUUCAGCACCUCACUUUGGAGGCAUUUUUGAAAGUGGUAUAAAAUGUACUAAAUAUUAUCUCAAGAGGGUCAUAGGCUCACAAGUCCUGACGUUUGAAGAACUAACUACAGUUUUAACUAAAGUUGAAGCGAUGCUGAACUCAAGACCGAUUUGUCAGUUAUCGUCUGAUCCUGGCGAAGUUGAUGUUCUCACGGCCGGUCAUUUUAUUAUAGGACGUCCUUUAGUCGCUCUACCAGAACCGUCUGUUGAAGAUAUGAAUCCUAGAACACGCUGGCAGUUACUUCAAAAGCUCUCUCAAAUUUUUUGA